AUUUUGUCGGCGCUCUCAGUUCUUGCGACGCUGUGAAGAUGGGCAGUGUUCUGGGGCUGUGCUCCAUGGCGAGCUGGAUACCAUGUCUGUGUGGUAGUGCCCCAUGUUUGCUGUGCCGAUGCUGUCCUAGUGGAAACAACUCCACAGUGACUAGAUUGAUCUAUGCACUUUUUUUGCUUGUUGGAGUAUGUGUAGCUUGUGUAAUGUUGAUACCAGGAAUGGAAGAACAACUAAAUAAGAUUCCUGGAUUUUGUGAGAAUGAGAAAGGUGUUGUUCCUUGUGGUAUUCUGGUUGGCUAUAAAGCUGUAUAUCGUUUGUGCUUUGGCUUGGCUAUGUUCUAUCUUCUCCUCUCUUUGCUAAUGAUCAAAGUGAAGAGCAGCAGUGAUCCUAGAGCUGCAAUACAUAAUGGAUUCUGGUUCUUUAAAUUUGCGGCAGCAAUUGCAAUUAUUAUUGGGGCAUUCUUCAUUCCAGAAGGAACUUUUACAACUGUAUGGUUUUAUGUAGGCAUGGCAGGGGCCUUUUGUUUCAUCCUCAUACAGCUAGUCUUACUUAUUGAUUUUGCCCAUUCAUGGAAUGAAUCAUGGGUUGAAAAAAUGGAAGAAGGGAACUCGAGAUGUUGGUAUGCAGCCUUAUUAUCAGCUACAGCUCUGAAUUAUCUGCUGUCUUUGGUAGCCAUCGUUUUGUUCUUUGUCUACUAUACUCAUCCAGCCAGUUGUUCAGAAAAUAAGGCAUUCAUCAGUGUCAAUAUGCUCCUCUGCAUUGGUGCUUCUAUAAUGUCUAUUCUGCCAAAAAUCCAGGAGUCACAACCAAGAUCUGGUUUGUUACAGUCUUCAGUAAUUACAAUCUAUACAAUGUAUUUGACUUGGUCUGCUAUGACCAAUGAGCCAGAAACAGAUUGUAACCCAAGUCUACUAAGCAUAAUUGGCUUUAAUAUCACAAGCUCUAUCCCAAAGGACGGGCAGUCUUUCCAGUGGUGGCAUGCUCAAGGAAUUAUAGGACUAAUCCUCUUUUUAUUGUGUGUGUUUUAUUCAAGCAUCCGUACUUCAAACAAUAGUCAGGUUAAUAAACUGACUCUAACAAGUGACGAAUCCACAUUAAUAGAAGAUGGUGGAGCCAGAAGUGAUGGAUCACUGGAGGAUGGUGAUGAUGUUCACCGAGCUAUAGAUAAUGAAAGGGAUGGUGUCACUUACAGUUAUUCCUUCUUUCACUUCAUGCUUUUCCUGGCUUCCCUUUAUAUCAUGAUGACCCUUACCAACUGGUACAGGUAUGAGCCCUCUCAUGCAAUGAAAAGUCAGUGGACUGCUGUCUGGGUGAAAAUAUCUUCUAGUUGGAUUGGCAUCGUGCUGUAUGUUUGGACACUAGUGGCACCACUUGUUCUUACAAAUCGUGAUUUUGAUUGAAUGGGACUUCUGGCAUGAAAGUCCUACUUUGGUCAUCAUUUAUUUGAAAUUAACAGUAUUCCCAACUUUUGUAAAUUGUGUAUGUGUGUGCUUCCUGUGUAACUUCUCUGGUAUUGUUCUGGCAUGAAUUAGAUUUUAUUGCUUGCUGUUUUAUUCAUUAUAUUUUGCCACGUGCAUUGAUCAUGUGAAUUAGAGUGAGUUGUAAAGGCAGAGUUUUAUGAAUAAUGGUGGUGAUUUUAUUAAUAAAGUGGACAUUGGUAGGCUUAUCUCUCUCUGCUCUAAGUAUGAAAUUAAAAGUAAAAACAAAACUGUCAGUUUGCUUUUAAAAGUUUGCUAGACCUUCCUUAAGCUGUUUUAGAAAAAGCAUAAAAGUAAAUGUGUAUGGCUGCCUUUUGAAAUAUUUUAUGUGUUGCCUUAUGGGAGACUAUGAAGAACAUAGUUAUUCUAAAAUUGUAUAAACAAGUUCACUUACAUGGUUAGUUGUCUUAAAAAUGCAGGUCACUCAAAUUCAUUUAAGAUUUACCAUUAGUAUAAAAGUAGAGAACUUAGCACAAGAAGGGUAUAUUCAGUGGACAGUGGUGUAGAUUAUGGAUGGAGGUUGAGGCAUAGAACCUUCAAGAAAAAAGUCAGAUGGUUGGUGGUGGUAUUGAAUACUCAGUGAGAUUAGAGAUUGUUAUCUUCCUUGGGUAGAUAUGAUGUCCUUCUUCAACAAAAUGAACUUUGUUUUGGUCAUUAUAAAAUCACUCGAAGUAUGGGUUUAAAUUGGAAUGCCGAAGGAUUUAGACAA